CUCCCUGCCACCUUGCCUGCGCCUGUUGUUCCACACGCGCAGAGCUUUUGCGAUCGAGUGUGUUUUUUGUAAUGCGUUGAUCAUCAUUCGUUAUUUCUUUCACAACAUCAAAUGUCCUUUGACCCUGUUCGCCAUGACUGAGAAGGAGACAAGAGAUGUCUGUUCUCCACUCUCGGCAGGACAGUCGAAACAAGCAGACAACCUCGAGCGAGAGAUAGAAGGGCAAGCAAUAGAGAUGGAUGAACAGCAGAUUCAGUCGCAUCACACAACUUCAUCGCAACCUCUCGCGUCAAAGGCUCGCACAACCGCACUCGUGGUCACCCUGACUGGAGCAGCUUUCUUGAACACGCUGACCGUGCAGGCCGUGGUCAUUGUGCUUCCAACCAUCGGCAAAGCACUCAACAUCCCGGUGGCCAGACAACAGUGGAUAGUCUCGGCAUACUCACUCUCCUUUGGCUGCUUCCUAUUGCUAUGGGGUAGACUGGCCGAUGUUUAUGGCAAGAGACUUAUCUUCAUCCUCGGCUCACUAUGGGUCGCCAUCCUUACUCUCAUAAAUCCUUUCGCGACCAACGAGAUCGCGUUCGACCUUCUCCGUGGACUCCAGGGCAUUGGCGCGGCCGCAAAUGUUCCUACUGCCAUCGCGCUUAUCUCUGCCACUUUUCCCAGUGGCAGCGCCAGGAACUAUGCUUUCUCAAUAUACGCCUCGGGUGCUCCCAUGGGCAGCAUCAUGGGAAAUCUUCUAGGCGGUCUCGUCGCACAAUAUGGUUCCUGGAGAUGGAUAUUCUGGAUCCUUUCUAUCAUGGCCUUCAUCGUGACAGCGGCUGGCUAUUUCAUCAUUCCUAAACUACCUCCACAGCCAGCUUCCGACGUGAAGAGUUCUAUCGACUGGAUUGGCGCGUUUCUGGUCACAGUCGGUGUUUUGGUGCUGCUGUUUGCGAUGGCCGAAGGCAACGUCGUGGGAUGGAGCAGGCCUUACAUUCCAGUUUUGAUCGUGUUGUCAGUUCUCUUCAUUGUCACCUUCGUGUUCUGGCAACUCUAUCUCGAGCAACGAAGUGAGCGACAACCCUUGAUGAAAGUUACAAUGUUCAAGCGCACGAGGGUCUCUGCCGCCAUGUUAGCAAUGGCCGUCUUUUUCUCGGCCUUCAACAACUACUUGAUUUUCUCGACGUACUUCUAUCAAGAGUAUCUCGGCCUCUCUGCCAUUCAGACUACCGUGCGAUUCGUUCCGACUGGCGUGGUCGGCAUUCUCACAAUUCUUGUAACCUCGCGAGCACUGGCCCGAGUGCCGAUAAACAUUUUGUUGAUGUGGGGAAUGGCCUGUGUAGGACUGGCAAACUUGCUCAUGGCUGUUCCCAUACCACCAACAGAAACCUACUGGGCAUAUGGCUUUCCCGCCAUGUGUUUAGCCGUAUUCGGAGCGGACACUUUGUUUCCCGCGCUACUCGUCCUCGUCGCGCAUAAUCUGCCUCCCGAAGAUCAGGCUCUCGGUGGUGGACUCAUCAACGCAUUGGGUCAAAUCGGACGAGCCGUUGGCCUGGCCAUUGGUACUGCGAUUCAAGUAGCAGUACAGAGCAGUCGUGAAGGAUCGAAUGUGGUGGAUAUCGACGGCAAUGUUGGAGAUCAUGCUUACCUGCAGGGGCUGCAUGCAGCUCAAUGGCUCAACGUGGGCUUUGCAGUGAUGGGAUUUCUGGUCGUUGCGUUUGCAUUUAGGGGUGCAGGAGUGAUUGGAGCACCAAAAAGCCGAGGUGGGCCUGGUUAGGUGGAAAAGGUCGUCACAUUCAUGCAUACGCUCCAUCUCAUGUUUCAGAUUCUCCCUUCAGCUCACAGCUUGCGGGUUGUCGUAGUGACAUGUUCAAGCAAGGUUGACUGUAAAAGCUUCUGGCGCCCUUCUAACGUGCUUCUCGGGCCCUCCGGCGCCUAGCCCAAAAACCUUUAGGCUUUUGUCCACGUUUUUUCGUCCUUCGCACUUGGAAAGAAGCCGAGAGGAAAGGAUGUCAGAACAGAGAAAAUGCGAGGGCGGGCGGCGCAAGCCAUGUCAUGCACGCCAGAGGGAGUACCACCUCUUCGGAAAGAGGCUCCUGAGACUUUUCUUUUUGGGCUGACGAGUUUUUACGAAAAGUCAGCCUUCUCAGUGUGACGAGACCGCGACGUAUCUUGCAUGUAUUGGGUAAGAAAAGUGACCUGCCAAUGACAUUCC